GUCACUUCCCCGAGUUGCCCAUGCGAUGUGCAGGAUCACCCCCUCCCCCAAGUUCGCUCGCAAGGGUCAGAUAAGGCUCCUGAGCCCCGCCGCUGCCCUCCCUAGGAGCCCUGGGUCUUCACUGGACGAGGCUCUCGCCCCGCGGCAUUCUGGGAGUGGUAGUUUUUUCCUCCCAGUUCCUUCCAGGUACACUGGUGGCCAAGGCCCGCAGGACUACGAUUCCCAGACGCCCGAGCGGGUCGCCGGUCACGUGGUCCGCAAGGACGCGGGGCUGGUGCGCGGGGCCGCGGCAGGUGCUCCGCAGCGGUCUGUGAUACUCCGAGCGGGCGCGCCGCCUCGGCCCCCGGAGACACCGCCAUGGUGCGCGCGGGCGCCGUGGGGACGCAUCUCCCCGCGUCCGGCUUGGACAUCUUCGGGGACCUGAGGAAGAUGAACAAGCGCCAGCUCUACUACCAGGUUUUAAACUUUGCCAUGAUCGUGUCUUCUGCGCUCAUGAUCUGGAAAGGCUUGAUCGUCCUCACUGGCAGCGAGAGCCCGAUCGUGGUGGUGCUGAGUGGCAGCAUGGAGCCGGCCUUUCACAGGGGCGACCUUCUGUUCCUAACGAAUUUCCGGGAAGACCCUAUUAGAGCUGGUGAAAUUGUUGUUUUUAAAGUUGAAGGACGAGACAUUCCAAUAGUUCACAGAGUAAUCAAAGUUCAUGAAAAAGAUAAUGGAGACAUCAAAUUUCUGACUAAAGGAGAUAAUAAUGAAGUCGAUGAUAGAGGCUUGUACAAAGAAGGCCAGAACUGGCUGGAAAAGAAGGACGUGGUGGGAAGAGCCAGAGGGUUUUUACCGUAUGUUGGUAUGGUCACCAUAAUAAUGAAUGACUAUCCAAAAUUCAAGUAUGCUCUUUUGGCUGUAAUGGGUGCAUAUGUGUUACUAAAACGUGAAUCCUAGAAUGAGAAGCAGUUCCUGGGACCAGACUGAAAUGAAUUCUGUUGCAAAGGAGAGAAACUAAUAUAUUUGAAAUGUUCGGCUUUCUGUAUAAAAGAAAACAAUGUGGAGACGGUUUUGUCUUGUCCAAAUAAAUGAUUCGCCGGUAA